CGAGGCUUGAUUACGUCACACGUAAUCGGGUCCAUACAGUACACGAGGGGGAAAGGAGAAGGUUCUACUCAGAUCUGUGAUCUCAAAUAUAAACCAUGGGGAAGCAGAAAACAAAGAAGUUUGCUGCAAUGAAGAGAAUGAUAAGUCCGAAGGAUAACAGAAUAAAAGAGAAGGACCGAGCUAAACCAAAGGAGAAAAAGAAGAAAGAUCCCUCAUUGCUCAAGGAGAGAGAAGUGACAAAGUACCCAUCAUGUCUGUUCUUCCAGUACAAUACUCAGCUUGGUCCACCGUACCACGUUCUGGUAGACACCAAUUUCAUCAACUUCUCCAUCAAGGCCAAACUGGACAUUGUUCAGUCUAUGAUGGACUGCCUGUAUGCAAAAUGUAUCCCAUGUAUCACAGACUGUGUGAUGGCUGAGAUUGAAAAGCUUGGAAUGAAAUACAGAGUCGCACUCAGGAUAUCCAAGGAUCCACGGUUUGAACGGUUCCCGUGCACACACAAGGGGACAUAUGCCGAUGACUGUUUAGUCCAAAGGGUAACACAGCACAAGUGUUACAUCCUGGCCACUGUGGACAGAGAUCUGAAGAGAAGAGUCAGGAAGAUCCCCGGUGUACCCAUCAUGUACAUCUCAAACCACAGGUACAAUAUUGAACGGAUGCCUGAUGACUUUGGUGCGCCAAGGGUUUAACAUUUCUACAACUGAGCUAGACCUGUAAAUAGUUUCCUGUUUAUUAUGACUUUCCUUUUGUGUGAGAUUUGGUGAGGAUGGGCUGGGUUUGACAGCAAAUUACUCUUUUUUGUUUUUGUUUUUAUGAAACCUUUUGUUACAAGAAUAAAUCGAUUGUUGCAAUGUC